AUGGUCAACUUUUCUGCUCUUGCAUCUGCGGUUCUGCUCUCUGUAACGGCAGCUACUGCCCACCCUACUAGUGCUCCUCUGAGCCAGGGUGAGCUCGCGCGUCGCGCCGACUUUCAGAACUUCGCGCGCCGCUCCCUCAACGCUUGCCGGGAUGUUCUCAAGAGUCGUGGACACCUCGAGAGGUCUGCUGCUCGUCGCAGGGCGCUCGCGGAUGACAUUCGCCGCAAGAGAGGUCUUCCUACGAGUCGUAACUACAAGCGCCUCGACUUGGACGACGUCUUGGACACUGACCACCAAUCGAACGCGACUGGUCUGACGGCUGAUUCUGACCCCUUCGACGGAACCGGGUCUUGCACGCUCGUCUCUGAGACCACUCAAGGCCCGUACUACGUCGACGGAGAGUACGUCCGUUCGGACAUCACCGAAAGCCAAGAAGGCAUAUACACCUAUGUCGAUGUCGAGCUCAUCGACUACACCACUUGCGAGCCCGUCGCUGAUGUCUACAUCGACUUUUGGCACUGUAACGCGACGGGUGUCUACUCUGGUGUUAUCGCCGGCGGUAACGGUAAUGAAGCGGACGAGACCAACUUGGCAAGCUUGGACAAGACUUUCCUUCGCGGCAUCCAGCCGACCAACUCUGACGGUUAUGCCCAGUUUGAAACUAUUUUCCCAGGCCAUUACACAUCUCGGGCAAAUCAUAUCCAUGUCAUCGCGCACGACGAUGGAACCAUUUUUGAUAAUGGUACUUUCAAGUCGGACAGCGAUCGCCACGUCGGCCAACUCUUCUUCGACCAGAGUUUAAUCACCAUCGUCGAGGCGACGUCACCCUAUACCGCUAACACACAGCAGCUCACUCUGAACGAGAACGACUCGAUUUUGGCGGGAGAGGUCGAGGGCACGAACGGCGUUGACCCUGUUCUCGAGUACGUCUACCUCGGUGAUGAUAUCUCUGAUGGUCUUUUGGCCUGGGGAUCUAUGGGUAUCGACGUCUCAGCGAGCUAUUCAGUUUCUUCGGCAGCUACCCUUACCGAAGAUGGUGGUGUUGAGAAUAGCUCUAGUGGUGGUGGAGGUGGAGGUGCACCUCCCUCUUAG